GGGUUUGGCACUUUAUCUCUCUUCUCGUCUUCUCUCCCUCUCCCUCUCCGACCACAUACUUGAUGUUCUCCCGCACUUCCUCUUUGACCGUCCUGAGCAGAAGCUGCCGCUAUCUCCUCCGCCCGAACAAUAAUAUCCAGCGGGCUUCAUUUUCCCUUACCGCGCGCUCCCACGCCGCCAUCAACGCUGCUAUGGCUGACACAUCUGGAAUCACCGCGGACUCGCUGAAGAAUAAGUUGACUGAAUCGCUGCAGGCGCAGCAUGUUGAGGUUGAGGAUUUAUCUGGUGGCUGUGGACAGGCGUUCCAGGCUGUGAUAGUUUCCCCUCAAUUCGAGAGCAAGACUAUGCUUGCGCGACACCGACUUGUCAACUCUGCGCUCAAGGCCGAGAUCGCUGCUAUUCAUGCUUGGACACCCAAGUGCUAUACCCCCGAGCAGUGGCAGGCUCUGCAACAGUAA